AUGAUUGAAGAAGCGUUUGGAGCCUUUAAAAGAGACCACACACCUCACUUCUGUCCACCUCCACGCUCUGUCAACAUGUCUUUUGCCGGAAAAUUCCAACUCGAGUCUCAGGAGAACUUUGAGCCCUUCAUGCGGGCCAUUGGUCUCUCUGAUGACCUUAUCCAGAAAGGCAAAGACAUCAAGAGCAUUUCUGAAAUUGAGGUUAACGGUGACCACUUUAAAGUAACCGUCACUACAGGAACUAAAGUCAUGGUAAACUCUUUCACCCUCGGCCAGGAGGGAGACCUCGAAAUGCUGACGGGGGAAAAAGUCAAGGCUGUGGUGAGGCAAGAAGGCAACAAACUGAUCACAUCUUUGAAGGGAAUCGAGUCUGUCACAGAACUGGUGGAUCCAAACACAAUUGAGAGUACCAUGACUGUUGGUGGCCUCAAGUACAAGAGGAUAAGCAAACGUAUUUAA